CGAUAAGGAAAUCAUCAAAGAAAAAUUCAACCUUUCCUGUUUGUCAUCAAAGGGCUGGGUUUUCGUAGUGUGUGGGAAUAAUAAUGAUAAGAAUUUCAUGAACGCAAUUGAUGCGAAGCGCGAAGACCGACAAAAAUGCUUAUAAUUUUUACACGAUUCGUUCAAAUUUAAGUUCUAAUUAAACAUGUGGAAAGCUGCAGCCGGUGCUCAGAUUAACAUAAAUACCGAAAGCAAUCAGGAUGAUGAUUGGGAAACAGACCCCGAUUUCAUAAACGACGUUGAUGAACAAGCUCAAAGAUGGGGGUCUUCGACAGUCGAAGGAUCCGGCAGGACUGCUGGCGCGAUAAAUAUGCAACAGCUGAGGAAAGAGACUGAAGAGGUGGAUGCAUUGAAGAAAAAGAAAGCCUUGGAAGAGGACCCCAGUAACCCGUCGUUUGGUUAUGGGGGUAAAUUUGGUAUCGAGAAAGAUAGAAUGGACCAGUGUGCUGUGGGACACGAGUACAUGGCCAAAUUGGAAAAGCACGCUUCGCAGAAAGAUUACAGCACAGGUUUUGGUGGAAAGUAUGGUGUGCAGACAGACAGAGUAGAUAGGAGUGCUGUGAAUUGGGAUUAUAAAGAGAAACUUGAAAAACAUGCCUCGCAAAAGGAUUAUGUAACAGGUUUUGGUGGCAAAUUUGGUGUACAGACUGAUCGACAAGAUAAGUCUGCAGUUGGUUGGGAUCAUAUCGAAAGAGUUGAAAAACAUGAAUCACAGAAAGAUUACAGCAAAGGUUUCGGCGGCAAGUACGGCGUCCAACUAGACCGCCAGGAUAAAUCUGCCGUCGGUUGGGAUCACCACGAAACUCCCCAGAAGCACGAGAGUCAACUCGACCACAAGAAAGGUUUCGGAGGUAAAUUUGGGGUGCAAACCGACAGGGUCGAUAAGUCUGCUACAACGUACAACGACGAACCAGAAAAAGUCGGUACUAACUAUACGAGGGUCAAACCGGACAUAGGAGAUGCGAAACCGUCUAAUUUGAGGGCCAAGUUUGAAUCUUUGGCGAAAGAUACUGCUGGUAAAGUGCCCUCUCCCAACCAACCACCUGUUCCGAAAAAAUUGGUCCAUCCAAAGGCUGCAGCCUUUACGAACGACUCGAAAGCAGAAGAAAAGGUCAAGAACGAUAAGGAAGUUUCCGUGCCCAAACAGUUGGAUUCUUCCAAAACCGCUUUCUUGAGGAACGAAGUCGAUAAUCAAGAGAAGGAGGUAACAGAUAAAGUCGCCCCUAAAGCCUUGGAUCAGUCGAAACUUGCUCAGUUCAGUCAGAACCCCAUCGUCGCCGAAACAAACAACGAAAAAUCCAAUGCCGAUAAGAUCAAGGAGGAACUGGAGGAGUUGAGGCAAACAACACAAGCCCAGCAAGAAGAAGAAGAACGCUGUAUUGAAUUACUGGCUAAGGAAGCCGAAAACGAGGACAUUUAUGAGAACCUGUCGCAAGCUCAACUCUCCAAACCACCAGAAGAACCUAAAGCAAGUUCAGAAUAUGCAACAGAAGAGGAGGAGGAACUUUACUAUACCAACGAAAUAAUCGAUACAGGUAUCACUGCUGUUGCUCUCUACGACUAUCAAGCUGCCGCAGAAGAUGAAAUUUCCUUUGAUCCAGACGACGUGAUAACCCACAUUGAACAGAUCGAUGAAGGUUGGUGGAGGGGUAUGUGCCGAGGAAAGUAUGGCUUGUUCCCAGCAAACUAUGUUGAGCUUCAAGAUACGUAAUUAUCAAAUCGUGCAUUUGGCCUGUACUUAACUUCAUUGUUUAUAUUAUAGUUUUAUAUUUUAUUUACAUAACAGAUAUUUCGAAUUAUAUUGCUUCCAUUAAAGUUUUCGAAAUA